GCAUGAGCGGGUUUCCUCCAUUCCCACUGUGCAUAAUCUUUUCCAACUUUGGGUUUUCCAUUCUAUACAAAUUUUACUCUAAGAUCUCGCUGCAGAGAUCCUCUUGGUCCGAAGAUCUACACUGAAAAUUCCCCGAGCAGACCGCACUGAUCAAGGAGAAACCAACCCCCCUUUCCACAGAUUGUCGAUCCAACUUGACCAGCAGCAACCAUGGCCGACGCAGAGUUGGAAGAGAUCAGACGGGCCCGCAUGGCUCAGCUCCAGCAACAGAGCGGUGGUGCACGCGGCGGGCCAGGUGACGGCCAAGAAGAUCAGAGAAAACAAGCUGAAGCCGACCGCCGUGCCUCCAUCCUGAACCAAAUUCUCGAACCGGAAGCCGCCGACCGCCUGGGCCGCAUCCGCCUCGUCAAGGAAUCGCGCGCCAUGGACGUGGAGAACCGCUUGAUCAUGCUCGCGCAGACCGGCCAGCUGCGCCAGAAGGUGUCGGAGGACCAGCUGAAGCAGCUGCUCAACGCCAUGGCCGAGAACCAGCGCAAGGACGAGGAGGAGCACAAGAUCGUGAUCUCUCGGCGCAAAGGUGGCUGGGACGACGACGACGAUCUGUUGGACUUGUAGAGGCGACAAUAAUCUCUGAUGUGAUGAAGUGUUCUUAGCGAGAGAGACGUUUGACGUCCGCAGGUGAUGAUGAUGGUCUUUUGCAGUCUCUUUUAUGAUACCUUUCGCCUGCUUCUCCUCUUUUCUCCGCCCCGAUCUAAACUGUGGGUGAAUCAUCCAUGCAUGCGCUUUAUGUUUGGGUUAUCGGCUCUGAAAAUGUUUCGAUAUGAAAGGCUACUCUUAUACCUGCUUGGUGCGUAGAGCCUGCUUGACUUAAUGGGU